AUGUCUCAAAACGGGAAGCUGAUCCCAAAUCUGGACCAGAACAGUACAAAGGUCCUCAAUCUCACAGUUCUCCAGCGAAUCGAUCCCAACAUCGAAGAAAUCCUUAUCACUGCCGCUCAUGUCACUUUCUAUGAAUUCAACAUUGAGCUCAGUCAAUGGAGUCGUAAGGAUGUUGAAGGAUCUUUGUUUGUUGUUAAAAGGAGUGCACAACCUCGAUUUCAGUUUAUUGUGAUGAAUCGUCGGAAUACAGAUAAUCUGGUGGAAACUCUUCUGGGAGAAUUUGAGUAUGAAGUUCAAGGUCCAUAUUUACUUUACCGUAACGAAGCUCAAGAAGUAAAUGGUAUUUGGUUCUACAAUAUACGUGAAUGCGAGGAGGUAGCAAGUCUUUUCAGCAGAAUACUUAACGCAUAUUCCAAGGUAAACCAGAAGCCAAAGACGCCAUCCUCAAAAAGUGAGUUUGAGGAAUUGGAAGCUGUGCCUACAAUGGCAGUUAUGGAUGGUCCUCUUGAACCAUCUUCAACUGCUAGAGAUGCCCCUGAUGAUCCUGCUUUCGUCAACUACUUCAGCUCAGCGUUGUCUCUCGGGAACACUUCGAGUGCGUCGGCAAGUGGACCACCAUACCAAUCGUCAGCAAUUCCUCUACAACCUCACCAACCCACCAUUGCUCCUCUUGCAGCGGCAGCUGCACGUCCACAGAUAAAAUCACAACCGCCUAUGCCAUCUUCCUCUCCGAUGAUGCCUCCUCCCUUCGGCAACAACCCUGAUCUUAUCAGUAGCAACUUCAACGUUCACACUGAUUUGGUGAAGCCGUCCUCUUUCUUUAGUCCUCCACAGAUGAUGGCACAACCACACCUCAUUCCCGGUUCAUCUAUGCCAACUGAUCCUCCUCUGAACCCUAAUAAUGCUGCGACUCACCAGCAGCACUCUUAUGGUUCACCGGUGCGCCAGCCUUUCCCACCACCAAAUCCGCCACCAUCACUCGCUCCUGCACCCAGUGGCCCGGUUAUCAACAGAGACAAUGUAAAAGAAGCCCUUUUAGCGCUGGUUCAGAACAAUGAAUUCAUCGACAUGGUGACUAGAGCUUUACAAAAUGCACAUCAAUCAUGA